GUCGAACCAAGCUGAAAGAAGUAAUUCUACCAUGAGGCUCAACGUCCCUAUUGCCAUUGCUGCAUCAUACCUAGUAUGCUCGGGACUUGCGCUACCUACCUUUGAUGACCAAAAGCCAUUCCUUUCAAAAGGCAACGGUGUAAAUGCUAUCGCUGAUUUUCAACUGAAGGAUUCCCCAAAUCAACAUUACGAUGGCCAUCAAGUGAUCGCCAUCAAUGCAACUAAUGAGCAAGCGCUAUCAGCACUGUAUGCUCUUAGAGAGCGUCUUGCCCUGGAUUUCUGGACCCCAUUAUCACUCGAUAAACCUAUCCAAAUCCGAAUCAAUCCGGAACAAAAAGAUCAAUUUUUUGAUCUUUUACCAUCAUCUACUAAUUACUCGGUCGCAAUACCCGAUCUACAACAGUUUCUCGACAAUCAAGCAAAGCUAAACUACGAGACAACAGUAAUUCGAAAGGGAUUUGAAAAUUUUUUCACUGAUUAUCAUUCAUAUGAAGAUAUUACGGCACACUUGGAUGAACUUGCUUCCCAGCACAAAAAAUUAGUUAAAAAAAUCAAAAUUGGUACCACUAGCGAAGGCCGCCCUAUCUAUGCUUGGAGACUUCAUAAGAAGGCAAAAAAAUCAAAACCGACUAAGAAACCCAAGAAGAAGACGCAUGGCAAAAACCUGCUUUCGAGCUGGCUCGAAGAUUUAGAUCUCUACGAAGAUGAGGAAGAUGACUAUCAAGUGACGAAGAAGAAGAAACAGAAGAAACCAAAAAAGCCCAUGGAAAUUGUCAUCAAUGGUGGUCAGCAUGGACGUGAAUGGAUAUCACCAGCCGUUGUUUCUUACAUGAUGGCCGCCAUGUUGGACAGCUAUGAUUCGGAUAAGACUACGCAUCGCUUGCUAAAGUAUUUUAAAUGGACCUUCAUCCCAGUCCUCAAUGUUGACGGUUACGAAUAUUCUCAAACCAACGAUAGGAUGUGGCGAAAAACUAGACAGUCGUUUGAAAACUCAAAGUGUAUUGGUGUUGAUUUGAACCGAAACUGGGACUUUGAAUGGGAAAGCAGACCAGGAUAUGAUAGUAACCCAUGUAGCGAGACGUAUGUUGGGACUUACCCGUUCUCAGCUCCUGAAUCGCAAGCUCUGGCUAGUUAUAUUGCAUCUCGCAAACGAGUUAUUAGUUACUUGGAUCUGCAUUCAUUUUCUCAAAUGUGGAUGACACCUUAUGGUAGCGACUGUCGUCAUGAACCAAAGGACAAUGAGGAUAUUAUCGAAGCAGCCCUUCAUGCUGUCAAGUCCUUGAAGCGAGUACACGAUAAACAAUUUGAAAUUGCUCCCGUGUGCCGCUCGGUGUCAGAGACUUCUGGUGAUGCCAUUGAAUGGUCAUACACCAAGCAACAUGUAAAGUAUUCGUAUGAAAUACAGUUGCGAGACACAGGUAGUUACGGCUUUUUGCUGCCACCUUCUGAAAUUUUACCCAGUGGAGAAGAAAUGCUCUCUGCUAUACAAAACCUUGCCCUUUUUAUUCGCUCUCGAGAUGGAAAGGGAAAGAAAGGAACAUAAAUAUUUUGUCGUAACCACUUUCAAUAAAUCAAAAAUCAAGCAAUAUCUGUCCUUCCCUGAGGAAAUGUGGUUGACUGCUCUCCGCUUUGAGUGCCAGUCACACUGACAAAAAAA